ACUAACCAAACGGACAUGAGUAACGUCACUGUUGGAGUUCCUGCAGUGAGGAAUCAUAGCCAAUAUGUGAUUCCCGGCCUGUAUGACCUCUCCGUGGAGGAUACCAACUGGGUCCUGACCUCCUCCUUCAUCAUCUUCACCAUGCAAACGGGAUUCGGUAUGCUGGAAUCCGGUUGUGUGAGCAUCAAGAACGAGGUGAACAUCAUGAUGAAGAACGUGAUCGAUAUUGUCCUGGGCGGAUUCACCUACUGGCUGUUUGGCUACGGAAUGAGCUUUGGCCGCGGUCCAUUGUCCAAUCCUUUCAUAGCCAUUGGGGACUUUCUGCUGGAUCCGCCGGUGGGCGAUGCCCUGAUGGGCCAGAUCUUUGCGGCCUUCCUGUUCCAACUGUCGUUCGCCACCACGGCCACCACAAUUGUCAGCGGCGCCAUGGCUGAGCGUUGCAACUUCAAGGCCUACUGCCUGUUCUCCUUCCUGAACACCGCCGUCUACUGCAUUCCCGCUGGUUGGGUUUGGGGCGAGCACGGGUUCCUCAACAAGCUGGGUGCCGUGGACAUCGCCGGCAGUGGACCGGUACACUUGAUUGGAGGCGCCUCCGCCUUCGCCUCGGCCGCCAUGUUGGGUCCCCGUCUGGGUCGCUACUCCGAGGGAUACGAUCCGCUGCCGCUGGGCAAUCCGGUCAACGCCUGCAUGGGCCUCUUCGUCCUCUGGUGGGGCUGGCUGGCCUUCAACUCGGGCAGCACCUACGGCGUCAGUGGGGCAAAGUGGCAGUAUGCAGCCCGAGCCGCUGUUAUGACCAUGAUGGGAUCUUUUGGCGGCGGGUUCACCAGCUCCAUUUAUUCCUUUUGGCGCCAUGGCGGCGGCAUGGACAUCAUGGACCUCAUCAAUGGGGUCCUUGGCUCUCUGGUAUCCAUCACGGCGGGAUGUUUCCUGUACCGCGCCUGGGAAGCCCUGGUAAUCGGAGCCAUCGGUUCGCUUCUCUGCGUCCUGGCCAUGCCCCUCUUUGAUCGCAUGGGAGUGGAUGAUCCGGUGGGCGCCAGUGCCGUGCACGGAGUUUGCGGCAUCUGGGGCGUAAUUGCCGUGGGACUCUUUGCCGACAACCCCAUUCCGCUGGACACGACCAACGGACGCAGCGGUUUGUUCAAAGGAGGCGGCUGGUAUCUGCUGGGAAUUCAGACGCUCUCGGCCUUCUGCCUGGCCUGCUGGGGCAUCUGCUCCACCUGCCUCCUGUUGUUUGUCAUCAACAAGAUCAUACCCAUUCGCAUGGAUCCGCACGAGGAGCUGCUGGGUGCCGAUCUCACCGAGCACCGCAUCCGGCACUCACAAAUCGGCUUAUCACGCGCCAUCUCAGCCCUGGCGCCUAUUAAGGUGGAUCUCAAGGAUAUAGCAGGCAUCCAGCCCAUUGGCAUCAAUCCUGGGCACGAGCGAAGCAUCGAUCAGUUGCGAGCGGCGGAGGACAAACUGCAGCAGUGGCAAUCCUACCUGGAGCAGGUCAGUGGUCCGCGGGCGAACCUAAAAAUGGAUGCAGGCCAGUCGCACGCGGACAUCACCUUUAAGCCCAGGACAGCGGGCAACGUCUUCAGCCGGCGAGUUCCCGCUCGAAAGAGCAUCAGUGGAGGCCUUUACAGACCCAACAACAGCGAGUUUCCCGUCAUCGGACAGGCUCCAAGGAUGGAGAAGGACCCAAACUUUGCCUGGGUGGAUUAGACCUAUUUAAGCACAAUGUCUGAGUCACAUAUUUUUA